UGCCCUUCGACGAGGACGACAAGGACGACUCGGUCUGGUUCCUGGACCACGACUACCUGGAGAACAUGUACGGGAUGUUCAAGAAGGUCAACGCUCGCGAGCGGAUCGUCGGCUGGUACCACACCGGCCCGAAGCUGCACAAGAACGACAUCGCCAUCAACGAACUCAUGAAGCGCUACUGCUCCAACUCGGUGCUGGUGAUCAUCGACGUGAAGCCCAAAGACCUGGGUCUGCCCACCGAAGGCUACAUCUCUGUGGAAGAGGUCCACGAUGACGGAACCCCAACAUCCAAGACUUUUGAGCACGUAACCAGUGAAAUCGGAGCAGAGGAGGCGGAAGAAGUCGGUGUGGAGCACUUGCUGCGCGACAUUAAGGACACCACGGUGGGCACGCUUUCCCAGCGCAUCACCAACCAGGUCCAUGGAUUGAAGGGACUGAAUUCCAAGCUCUUGGAUAUCAGGAGCUACUUAGAAAAAGUGGCAGUUGGCAAGCUCCCCAUCAACCACCAGAUCAUCUACCAGCUCCAGGAUGUCUUCAACCUCCUGCCGGAUGUCAACCUGCAAGAGUUCGUCAAGGCCUUUUACCUGAAGACCAACGACCAGAUGGUGGUGGUUUACCUGGCCUCCCUGAUCCGUUCGGUAGUAGCGCUGCACAACCUCAUCAACAAUAAGAUUGCCAACAGGGAUGCCGAGAAGAAGGAGGGGCAGGAGAAGGAGGAGAGUAAGAAGGAGAGGAAGGAUGAGAAGGAGAAGGAGAAGGAAAAAGGCGAGGCUAAGAAAGAAGAGAAGAAGGAGAAAAAGUAGUAGUAAUAGCAAUCAUGUUUUCUAUUUGUAAAUUAAAAGCAUUAAAUUGCA